AUGAAGAAGUACAUCACAAUUGCAGGAGCAGUUCUCCUCGGAAACGUUGCCGCUCAAGCAGAAGAUAUUGAAGUUGAAGCAGCACCAUAUUACAACCCACUUGCUAAAACAGAAUAUCAACUCAAGGAACAAGCUUACCUUGAGGCUCUUCAAAAGAUUUACGGAACAUCUGUCUAAAGUGGCAACCCACUCUCUGACUUGGAGAGAGAAAUGAAGCAAUAAACCUAUCUCUCAGGCAUGUAAAACAUCUACGGCCACUACAAUGUAUAAUCACCAAAAGUUCAAGGUGGAGAUCCAUUAUCAGAUGUUGAAAGAGAAAUGAAGCAACAAGCUUAUCUUUCAGGAAUGCAAAACAUCUACGGUCACUAUGCUAACGUGCAAUCACCAUAAUGGGGUUAUUACGAUCCACUCUAUCUAUAGCAACAUCAACUCAAGUAGCAAGCCUAUCUUGAGACUAUGCAAAAAAUCUACGGUAAUAAAGUCCAAUAAGGAAACCCCUUAGAAGAUGUUGAGAGAGAAAUGAAGCAACAAGCUUAUCUUUCUGGAAUGUAAAAUAUUUACGGUCACUACAACGUUCAAGCUCCAAACCCAUACUACGACCCACUCUACCAACAGAAGCAUUAACUCAAGGAGCAAGCCUAUCUUGAGACCAUGCAAAAAAUCUAUGGACCCAGUGUUCAAGAUAAUUUCGAUGACAUUUGGGACAAAUCUUCUGCUUCAUACGAAGGCACUUUCAAUUAUAGGUAACAAAUGAAAUCUCAACAAAAGCUAAAUUAAAUUAGAAAGCAAUAUGGUGGCAAUGUUGAAGUCAGAGCAUCAAGAAAAGAAGCAAUGGCUGACUUUAAGAAAAAGAUGGCUCUUUAAGAUAAACUUGACAAUCUUCAAAGCGAAUAUGGUCCAGACUACGAUGAAGAAGAUAACUAUGAUAUCCAAAAAGAUAUUGAUCAUGGAUUCCUAGCUAACUUAAGACACACUCUUGAUGCAGGCUAGUAGAUUCAAGAUGGAACAUUUAGAAAAGCUAAUUACAUUCACAAAGCAUAACCUCAAGUUCAAUCUCCUUAUGGGUUUGGAAAAAUCAAUGAUUCUGUCGAUCCAUAUGUGUAAUGGUGGAACCCAUUCGCUGAAAUUCUGAGCUGGUUUGAACCCAAGAAAAGUAAACCAACUUCAAAGCCCAAAAUCAAUCCAAAACCUAAACCAACUGUUGACCCUAAUGCUGGAGAGAAAGCUAUGCUUAAGGAAAUUUAUGGUUCAGCAGCUUACGAUAACGCUUUCAACCCCAAACCAAGACCUAGCAAUGAAGAGUUCUAUGCUAAAUAGCAAGCAAAAAAUGCUGAUCUAUUCAAAAUUGCUGCAAAGAGAAUCAAGGAUAAUGAUUAUGAAAACUGA